CAGGAACUCGGGGCACACAGCAGUCCAAGAGCUGUCGCUAGCAUCAAGUGCCUGAGCAAAAAGCAGCAAGUUUGCCAGUAGGAGCUGGUGAGGCUUUUAAGAUGUGGAAAGCAGUCGUGGGACAUGAUGUGUCAGUGAAGGUUGAGGCCCAGGGAGACGACUGGGACACUGACCCUGAUUUCGUGAACGACAUCUCCGAGAAGGAGCAGCGCUGGGGGGCCAAAAGCAUCGCGGGCUCCGGACGCGCCGAGCACAUCGACAUCCACCAGCUGAGGAACAAGGUGUCAGAGGAACAUGAGAUCAUCAAGAAGAAGGAGCUGGAGACCGGCCCCAAAGCAUCCUAUGGCUAUGGGGGAAAAUUUGGAACAGAGCGGGACCGAAUGGAUAAGUGCGCAGUGGGCCAUGAGUACGUUUCUGAUGUUGGGAAGCACUCCUCGCAGACGGAUGCAGCCCAGGGCUUUGGGGGAAAGUAUGGAGUCCAGCGGGACCGCGCUGACAAGUCAGCACUGGGCUUUGAAUACAAGGGUGAGGUGGAGAAACACUCGUCCCAGAAAGAUUACUCCAAGGGCUUUGGUGGCCGUUACGGUGUGGAGAGGGACAAGGUGGACAAAGCAGCAGUGGGAUUUGACUACAAGAGCCAGGCAGAGAAGCACGACUCUCAGAAAGACUAUUCUGUGGGCUUUGGUGGGAAGUUUGGCAUCCAGAGGGAUCGUCAGGACAAGAGUGCCCUUGGCUGGGACCAUCAGGAGGAUGUGCAACCCCAUGCGUCCCAGACAGACUAUGCCAAGGGGUUUGGAGGCCGUUACGGGGUCCAGAAGGACAGAGUAGAUAAGAGUGCUGCUGGCUUCAGUGAGAUGGCAGCUCCCACCUCCUCAUAUGAGAAGACAAGGCCAGUGGAGGCAGGAGCUGCCAGUGGCACCAGCAGCCUGCGGUCAAGAUUUGAAAACAUGGCUAAGUCAGCAGAGCAGGAGAGCAGAAGGCAGGCAGAGGAGGACCGGGUGAGGUGGCAGGCUCAGGAGUGCCAGGCGGCUCGGCGGAAGCAGGAAAUCCCACAGAGAGAGAAGGACCACACAGAGGCAGCCCCUACAACCAUGCCAGCAAGGGCGCCUGGGAAUGCUGACCAAGACAGGGCUGCGUCACAAGGAGUACAGGAGGCAAAAAAGGAGGAUGAGGAAACACCACCCACUUUGCCACCAAGGCCAGCAGAUCUGGGCGAAGAGCUGUGCAAGCUCCCUAGCCAGGAUCAGCCCAUCUACAGUGAAAGUUUGGAUGUCGGUGGAGACUAUGAGGAGCUGCCAGAGCCCUCUGAGUACUGUGACAGUACUGGUGGAGGUGCUGACUAUGAGGAGCUGCCAGCACCCUUGGGAAAACUGGAUGCCAUCUAUGAUGAUGGAGAAGACGGAGGUGAGGACUAUGAGAACAUCGUUCCCGAGGAGCCCAGCCAGAGCCAGCCCCACCUGGGAGAAACAGACAAUAUUUAUGAGGUGGAGAACUCUGGAACCUGUGCAGUGGCUCUCUAUGAUUACCAAGGAGAUGGAGAUGAUGAGAUUUCUUUUGAUCCUGACGACACAAUCACACACAUUGAGAUGGUGGAUGAAGGCUGGUGGCGGGGGCAGUGCCGGGGCAAAGUGGGCCUUUUUCCAGCAAAUUAUGUGAAGCUUCUGUAGUGAAACCAGCUUCCUUCCAAAUGCUUCUUUCCAAACUUUUGCCUGUCUCUGCUUCAGCCUUUUACAUGUUAUUAGUUUAAUUUGGCUUGGCCUAGCGUGUCUACAUGCAAGAAAUACCAAGGAGCAAACUGUCAGUGUCUGAGGGAAUGUUUUGGCCUGUGCCCAAGAGGACUUUGGUGCCCGUCCACUUCCAGAUGGGGAAGGUGGGAUGGUUUAAGAGCAUGUGAGCGUGAUAUAAGACAUCUUUUCUACCUAGGCUGUCCCACAUGUCAACCAGCAAGCUUGCAGGAGAGGUGUGUCCAUUACUGUUCCUAAUGGGGCAAUUCGCAGAAAAGAAACACGAGCUCUAAUCCAGUCCAAGGCAGAAGGGACAUGACCUAUGGGACCUUUUAAAAUUGCUGUGGCCCUGAAUCUCAUCCUAUCCAGGGGCCAGUGAGAAGAGCACUGUGAAGGCCGAACUUGCCUUUGUUCCCAAGAAGGGUUUCUACUUGCAGGAUCACUUUGCUUUUUGCAGCAUGGGGUAGAGAAACAUGAACCUGGUCUAUCUGGGCAGAUUUCAGGGCUGGGGCUUGGGAGCACUGUACCGUCACAGUGAACACUGCUGGCUUUUCCUGCACACAGAACACAAGCUUGGCUGUAAUGAGCUGUUCCGUUAAACAAGAAAAGUAUGUGCUGGCGCAAUGAAAAUGUAGGACAAUUUUGCUAAGGUAGGAUAUUACUUGCUUGGUUUUCCUCUAUGAGUCAAGAACUCUGUUGGGAUGUGUAAUUUCUGGGGUAAACCUUGGUAAAGAAAGUGAAAAAAUUAGAUUAUUUUCAGAGAAAAGUUAUUCUGGAAAAUGUCUUGGAGCAAGAGAAAAAUACUAGAAGGCUUCACUUAACGAAGAGUAUGGUAAUAACUGUCUUGGUCCUCGUUCAGGCAGCCCAUCAGAGGAAUGUUCUACUGGGGAAAUCCUUUCAACCUAGCAAAUCAGUCAUGGAAUCAUGGAAUUUUCACGGAAUCACAGAAUUUCAGAGUUGGAAGGGACCUCUAGAGAUCAUCUAGUCCAACUUCCCCGCUAAAGCAGGAUUGCCCAGAGCACAUUACUCAGGACUGCAUCCAGGCGAGUCUUGUAAGUCUCCAGAGAAGGGGACUCCAGAACAAGUGGAUUCAGAACAAGUGCUGCUAGAUACAGGCGGUGGAAUAUUUUUAAGAGAGCUCCAUUUUUCUGUUAACUACUCUGACAGCAUAAAUAAGCAUGCGCAAUGCAGGUGGGGCGGGGAGAACAGUCCCACAGCUUGUCUGUAGCCUAAGGGCUGCAGCAUGCUUUGCAGUCAGUGCUAGAGGUAGGUUCCCCCAUCCAGUAUUUGGCUCAGCCUGUUCUCUCCGCUGUUGGGUGGUUUGAGUCCCUGUGCUGAAGUCAGGCCUCCCCAGUGUGGCAGGAAAAUAGUUAACACCUCAUAAGCCUUUGCAGGACUCACUAGUUAAGAAAUAUUUGCAGAUAAUGGUCUCACCAGUUUAAUUAACACUGGAGUGAAUUGUUUGUUAAAGGGUGUGCUGGCUAGAGCCUCCUUAUCUGAAGAAUGCUAUUUUUAUUUACAAUAUCCUGCUUAUCUGACACAGUUUGGUGAAGAAUGAGUUGCAUAACCAAAAGGUAUAUAAACUCUGUAACUGCCUCAUUUGGGCAGAGUUUGUAUCAGCAGCCUCUGUCACUCUGCUGUGCUGUGUUCUCACUCAUAGCUCUAGAAAUAAACUGCUUCUGUUCU